AUGGAAAGAACGGACCAAGACUUCAAGGACGGCCUAGCCCUGGAUCUUUUCUCUCCCAAGAAUCGAACACUCGUGGUGAAACAGAACACCUCACCACUCCCUGCCGCAUUCAUAACCGGGACCACCGGAGAGCCUUUCGUUGCACUUUCCAGCUAUUCCUACAUUAUCCAAAUGAACGAAACAGCCAACGACCUCAUUGCCAAAAUUGAAGUCCCCUACGAUCCAGAACAACUUAAGAAAGUGGGAGUACAAGAAGCAAACACUUAUGUCGCAACACUCGCCCCUGACAAGAUGAGCUGGGUUAUCGACGACUCGACCAGGAAUGUUCAUCGCAGUGAGAACAACACGCGAAUCAUCAAGAUGACAUCGAUGGAUGGAGAAUAUUUGCUUGUAGGCAGAGCGACCGCUGAUACGAGCAAUAUUUUUGUGCAGUAUGGCCAAGGCGCGACCAGGACGGUGAAUAUGACAGGAGGCUCGGGAAGGCAACAGGCAGAAUUCAUUGACGGCUUGCGCUUCUCAGUGCAAACUAACAAGUCAAUGACCAUGAAUGUCGACCUCAAACAAGGAAUCAACCCCGGGUCUCUCCCUGCAAAUACAGUCUCUCUCAACUCAUACAUGUGGAUCGUCAAUACGAGCGAUCCCUCCAUGCGAAUCGAUGCCGAAAUGCUCGUUCCAUUCAACCGGGCAAUGCUUACAGCUCUACGUCCAGCUGGCUCCUCGCCGUCUACCAUGCUCACAGUAGCAAAACGUGCUCUCAACGCUACAAGUGGCCAAUUUACGCCCCUCAACCCUGACCUCCAAACUGUACGCGAGUUACCGGAAGACAGAAUCCAAAUUCAGGGCGUAAAUCGAUUAGAUGGACAAUACAUCAUUCUUGUCACACAGCCAAAAGCUGUUGGUGCAACAAUCCCAGCGGCACCAAAUAUCAUUGCGGGCGGUGGGAUGGUGACUUAGUUGGAGCGCUGGGAAAUGAAAUGGUGUUUUGGAGUUGUGGAUGGGAAUGCUGUUUGAACGCAACUCGACCUUUGGGCAGUGGAUUGACAAAGAAAAGGAUCUGUAAACCGAGUUUAUAUUAAACCAAGCAUAGGAGUGGAGUGUCUUGUUUAGUUGUAGCGAUUUCAUGAGAUGUCAUUUUCUCG